AUGGACAGUGUGAAAGUAGCAGUGCGAGUGCGGCCUUUUAGUCAGAGAGAGAAGAAUUCGGGGAGCAAAUGUGUGAUUUCCAUGCAUUCCAGAACCACCACCACUAUACAGGACCCUAAGAACCCAGAGCAUGCGAAGACAUUUACUUUUGACCUGGCGUAUUGGUCUCAUGAUGGAUUUCAAAAGGAUAAAGAUGGUGUCCUUAUUUCAGCUGAUCCUAGUAGUAAAUUUGCAGGCCAGAGAGACGUCUUCCGCGACCUUGGCAGGGGAAUCCUGGACAGCGCUUGGCAAGGUUAUAAUGCAACCCUCCUAGCCUACGGCCAAACUGGCUCCAGGAAAAGCUAUUCCAUGAUUGGGUUUGGUGCAAACAAGGGUAUUAUUCCAACUGUGUGUGAGGAGCUCUUUCAAGCAAUUGAGAACCAGGGGAGACAUCAAGAACGCCAGGUUACGUUCAGUAUGCUGGAAAUUUACAAUGAACAGAUAAGAGAUUUACUGUCCAGAACCAAAAAACCUGGUGGGCUCAGAGUAAGGGAAGAUCAACAGCUGGGCUUAUACGUGGAAGGCCUGAAGUUGGUGCCCUGUCAGAACUAUGCCCAAAUUGAAAGGCUGAUGGAACAAGGAACAAAAAUAAGGACCACGGUUUCGACCAACAUGAAUGCCAGCAGCAGCCGGUCCCACCUGGUCAUCACCAUCCAGUUCAAGCAGGUUUUCCUAGAAAGAGACCUCACCAAACAAUCCAGCAUUAAUUUGGUGGACCUUGCAGGAAGUGAGAGGCAGAAAUCUUCAGGAUCUGAAGGAGACAGACUGAGGGAAGGAUCACGGUUAAGUUUAACCAAUUUGGGAAAUGUUAUCAGUGCUCUGGCUGAUGCAGCCGUGGGGAAGAAGGUCUUGCACGUUCCUAGAGAUUCUGUUUUGACCAAACCGCUCCAGUCAGCUCUGGGCGGGAAGAGCAGAACCGCUCUGAUUGCGGCCGUAAGUCCAGCUGACAUCUGCUAUGAGGAAACUUUAUCAACACUAAGAUACGCGGAAAGGGCUAAAAAGAUCCGGAACAAAGCAGUGGUCAACACCUGGACACUGAUGAGAGAGUCAAGGGCGGAGAACAGCAAGCUGCUGCCCAGAUCCUCCCUCCUUCCAGAGCCGUCAGCCUGUCUCCGGGCAGAGCCGCAGCUGGGGACUCCUGCUGAUCAGGCGACCUGGGCACACCUGCUGGAGCAGGCCCAGUGGGCAGGUGCGGACUGGUGAUGCCCACCCUCUCCACUUCUCCUGCAGGAGCGGCAGAUGAUGACCUUCCCUCACCUUCUUAAUGUCACCGAGGACCCACAGCUCACUGGGGUCCUCAAGUACUUCAUUCAACCUGGUUCAUGUGACGCCGGUCGGGCUGCCUCAGAUGCCAUCACGAUUCAAGGUUUGGGAAUUUCAGAUAAACACGCUUCCUUCACAAAUGCCGACGGUAAAGUGACGGUCACUCCACACAGCAAAUGCAAGGUUGCCGUUAACGGGGUGCCCAUCGCCACCAGGACAAAGCUGCAGCAUUUGGACCGCCUGAUUUUGGGAUCCAACAGCACCUACCUGUACGUGGGAUUUCCUUCGGAGCGGGGCAGUGAGGACCUGAGCAGGUUCGAUCACGACUUCUUCCAGUCGGAGAGGGCAGCCGCGGAGGGAGUCAGCGCAGACAAACUCGGUGCUGCGGACGGUGGAGACGGCAAGGCAGACCCCAGUGUCCUGGCUGCGUUCCAGGACUACAUCAAACUGAUGCCGCUGGUUGCAGAAGCAAAUCAAAUGAGUGAAGAGCUGAAGAAGGGACUUAACAUGGAAUUGAAGGUGAAGAAUUUGGCAUCAUCAGAUUCCAAGGGCUAUGACCUACAGAAGGAGGUCUUGGUGAAGGUGACCCACCACGGGACUCACGAGGUGAGGCCCCACAGGGACGGGACUCGGGAGGGGAGGAUCGGGGGGACGGGACUCGGGGGGGAGGAUCCGCGGGGACGGGACUCGGGAGGGGAGGAUCCGCGGGGACGGGACUCGGGUGGGGAGGAUCCGCGGGGACACAGGUUACCUUUACCAGCUGCAGCCUCCGGAGACCCAGUCAAGGGCAAAACAUGCUGGGGCUGGGCUGCCAAGACCCUGCCCCAGGGAGGAAACCGAGCAAGGAUCCUCCUGGAGUCCAGCUCCUCAGAGACCGGCCCCUUUCCUGCAGGUCUGUGUGAUGUGGAGAGGGUCUCCCAUGAGACCCUCACCCUGGGGAGUCAGGCUGGACUUCUCUGCCAUGUUCCAACGCAUGGCGAGGAGGAUGUGGUUAUCGACCCUUUGGAGCUGCUGGGCAAGAGGAUGGAUUUUCAGAUUCACAUUGUCCGGUGUCUUGGUGUCAGCUGGAUGAAGGAAGAUGCAAAGCGGGGCAUUCAGAUAGGGUACAGAAUUUACGACCUUCCAAACACUAUCUAUACCAAACCUGUAUGGAAAAGUGUGAAUCCACAAAUCGAAGAGACUGUCCAAUUUGCAGCCUUAACUGCAUCUCAGGAGUUUCUGAAUUAUCUGCAGACAAAUGCCCUUAUUGUUGACCUAUGGGGCCUUCAAGAAGGCUGCACCGAGCUGAGCUGCUCUCAGCUGGGCCUCAUGGUCACAGGUGAAGGCCACAUCCUGGUAGACACCAAGAAAAUUUCCACUGUGAAGGAUCCAAGCCAGGCGGCCUCAGACCAGAUACCAGAACUUUAUCUGAAGCUGCUCAAGCUAGAGCAGGAGACAGAGCUGCUCAGGAACAUCAACAGAGCCCUGAGAGAGGAGAACGUGCUUCUCAAAGAAUCACUUGCGAAAACUGCUUCUGGGCAAGCCCAGAAGCCUUCCGACACUCUGAAGGUCAGCGGGAUGACUGCGCAACUGCCCUCCGCCAGGGAGACGAGUCAAAUGUGCACACAGCAAGCCGGCUCCGACCGAGAACUCGCCCGGGCUCUGAAGGUGUUCUACCAAAGCAUGCACACGGCAAGAGGGCAGCUUUUCAGACUCAGACGGUAUAAACCUCCUGAAGAUGAUCAAAUGCUUCGACCAUUCGUAAACCAACGGUCACAGAUGUUUAAGGAUUUGGGGGAUCUACUUGAAUCCAGCUUGUGGAAACUGAAAAAGGAUGUUGCUCUUAUAGUGAAAAAGAAGAGAGAAUAUUUACUGCAUGUCAAGUAGUGAAGACACACCAACUAAAAACUGAAGAUAUUCAAGCUUCAAGUUGUGAAGAUGAUUUGUGUAGCUAACAAGCUUACCUCGUUUCCCACUUACUUUACCUAUUUCUUCUACCAGUUUUAAGCAAAAUCUUCUUUCCAUGUGAUUGUAAAUCAUCUCUGUAACCUAAAGGCUGCUUGAAUGGCCCUCCGUUCCUGACGCAUAGAGGGGAACCACACACACUGGGGUCUAUUUGAGGUUGGA